AUGUCGUUCUCUGUGGAAAAAGAUGUCAAACUCCCGACGCAGCACAACGAAAGUAUCGACGAUGCUGUCGCCGAAGUAAUGCGCGAUCAGGAAACUGGGGAAAUCUCAGAGGCCGCCGUUCGUGCGGAAGGCGAGGAGAAGGUUACAUUUUUUGUGUGGAUUCUGGUCCUUGCCAGUAGUAUUUCCGGUCUCCUAUUCGGAUAUGAUACUGGUGUCAUUAGCGGGACUUUGGUUACCAUCGGAUCCGACCUUGGCCCGGCACAAUUAUCGAACACACAGAAGGAAUUAAUUACAUCGGCGACAACUCUCGGUGCACUCAUCGGAGGUCUGGCUGCCGGUAUGAUUUCGGACUUUGUGGGUCGCAAGCCUGUCCUUGCUGGUGCAAACGUUGUCUUUAUUGGUGGUGCGAUUGCCCAGGCAGUGUGUCACACGGUUGCUGCUAUGAUUGGCGGUAUUGGCGUCGGUCUGGCAGCAUGUAUGGCACCCCUCUUCAUCGCCGAACUCAGUCCGACAAAGCUACGUGGCCGGUUGGUAACUGUCAACGUGGUUUUCAUUACUGGUGGUCAGGUUAUAUCCUAUGGCAUUGGUGCUGCUUUCGAGUCUUCCCCGGGUGGAUGGCGUUGGAUGGUUGGUCUUGGUGCAGUCCCAGCUGCAUUGCAGCUUGUCAUGCUACCCUUCAUGCCCGAAUCUCCUCGCAUUCUUGUUCGUCGCGGUGACCUUGAGCAGGCUCAGAAGAAUAUGGCUAAAAUUUAUGCCCACGCCACCCCCCAACAACUUACGCAAAAGGUUAAGCUUUUGCGUGCUUCCGUUCAAGAAAGUAUCGACAUCCAAGACAAUACCACGUUCUUCCAGCGGUUCAAGAGCAUCCUUACCGUUCCCGUUAACCGCCGAGCCCUUAUUGUUGCGUGUGGGCUUCAAGGUUUCCAACAGCUAUGCGGCUUUAACACCCUCAUAUACUAUUCUGCUACCCUCUUCAAGAGCAUUGGAUUUGACAAGCCCACUGCUGUUGGUUUGAUCAUUGCUGCGACAAACUUUAUCUUUACCCUCGUGGCCCUAAAAUACAUUGACAUCAUCGGUCGCCGUAAGAUCAUGUUAUUCACGCCUCCGGGUAUGAUUUUUGGGCUUGUGCUUGCCUCUAUAUCCUUUUAUUAUCUCACCAAGAGCACUGGUGGGGUUCUUGUCGACGGGGCGAAGUAUCCGAAGUCAUGGAGCGGGCUUGUACUUUUCUCGAUGGUCUUUUAUGUGGCUUCUUACGCAACCGGUCUGGGCAAUGUCCCGUGGCAGGCAAGUGGGGCGACAUAUCUGUCAUUGAUGCAUGCGAUUACCCCUUCGGGUGCCUUCGGAUUCUAUGCCGGUUUAUGUCUACUUGGAUGGUUAUUCUGCAUCUUCUGCUACCCAGAAACUGCCGGAUUGUCCCUCGAAGAGGUUAAACUCAUUUUCCGUGAGGACUUUGGUAUUAAGGCGUCUGAACGCCUACGUGCUACUAAGAGGGGAUUGAGGGAGAGGGAGCAUGAGCCAGGAUCACCAUGA